GCCGCGGGCCAAGUAUCUAGGCUUUGCAUUCGGGCCCGGGCGCGCAGAACACAGUUGGGACGCAGCCCUGGACAGAGCGGUCGCGAGGGCGCGGCUGUGGGCUCGCGUGGCCCUAGGAUUGCAGCGCGCACCGUUGGUGUACAGGGUGCACGUGGCCUCCGCGCUGAGCUUCCUGCGGCAGCCGGAGCCCUCGCUGGUUCGCUGGGCUUCCGUGGAGACGCAGAUGCUUCGCAUCUCUUCGUGCCUGGGCCCUGCCGCUGGCCGUCGACCUGCACACGCACUGCGGAGGGACUUCGGCUUCCUGCGAAACACCGCGGACGUACGCGACGUGUCGUUGGCCGAGAAGCCAGGGCUGCGCGCGUGGAAGCACGGGGUCAAAGAGGACUCCGCCAUCGCGAAUGGCUUCGACGUCCAGCAGCGGCCGAGCGCGCGCCUGACCGCAUUCUCCGCCCAGCCCGGUGGUCCGGCUGGCCUUCGGCGGGAGGGCGGCGCCAUCUCCGCAGUGCUUGAACGCGCAGCUGGCGCCGCUGUGCGCCCUUGGACGCGGGUGCAGGCGUUGGAGAUGCUGGCCCCGCCGAGCGUGGCAGCCGCAAUCUUUCGCCCGCUGUGGUCAGGCUGGUGCACAGCUCGCCGUUUCGACGCUCGCUCGGCUUGCUUCGUCUGCGGCCAGGAGAUCGGGGGCUCCGUGGGUUACGCGUCCGUCUGCCCGACGCUUGCGCGCGCGGGUGCUAAAUUUUUGCGACUCCCGUGCCGCCGUGAGAAAAGGCAGCGUCGCGUAUCUUUCUCGCUGCUCGACAGGGCGUCCGAGCUGACCGAUGAACGUCUUCAGCUGGGCGCCCCCCACGUGGCGGCGGCGUGGCAUCACCCAUCGGCCUUGCGGGGCGAAGACGCGGCGCGGCGGGCAGUGGAGCAAGCUGCAAAAGAGCUGGCGCAAGGACACAGCGCAGCCAUGUCGAUGAUGGAUGCCCACUGGAGCUCCAGACGGGCGACCGCGGGCAUUUCAGAGCAGCGAUGUGGAGCUGCGUAG